GGCCGUGCUCCGCGACCGGCACCACCUCUGCCUGACGACGGGCACGUCGAGCGGCAAGUCGCUGGCCUUCGCGGUCCCGAUCAUGGAGGCCUUCCUCGAGGAGCCCGGCAUGCGGGCCCUCGUCGUCUUUCCGACCAAGGCGCUGGCCCAGGACCAGCUGGGCAAGCUCCAGCGCCUCUUCCAGGCCGCCUGCCCGUCCCAG